UCCGCUGACAGUGCAAUCCUUUUCUGUACGGUCAAAUUUCUUAUUUGUAACUAAACAAAAAUGGGUACAUGUCUAGGAAAGCAUAGGAAAAAGCGAAACACUGUAUGCCCCUCUGGCACAGAGGGAGAUUUACGUAAAAAUUCCACCAGACGUAAAGUACCAGAAGACAUGGUACAAAAGCUUCAGGAUGCAAACGCCAGGGAUUCUAAAGUAGCAACUGCUGGAGUAGCAUUCACAGUGGACUUCCGGGAUGGGGAUCCUACCAGGAUGCCAUCUAGACUGGCAGACAGACUUGACGGAGCCAUCACACCUCCCGAGGACGGCAACGAGGUAAAAUACACAUCUCAGGAAAGACGACUAUUGGCAGAGCUUUUGCGAAAUGAUGUUUUGCGCGAGAAGAAAGAAAAGACCGCAAGGCGUUCUGGACCCCGGCCUUAAACAGGGGAUCCCUAUAAAGUCGUAAAUCGAUUUGGAUGCUGAAACUGUGCAUUGGAUCUUUACGACACAUUCCUGUUGAAACUGAUGACAUUUCAUUUUUACGAUAUCAGUUAAUACAAUAUAUUAAAAUUGAUAUGUAU